AUGGAGGCGCCAUUGCGCGCAGAUGGCAAGAGUCACGCCAGCUUUGAGCAUGCGAACGGCAUGCAUUUGUCUGUGAAUGUAUUUGAUGGAUCUGCGGGCCGUAUUGUGUGUGUGGCUGAUAUUCGAGGAAACAUCCGACUCCUGAACAAGAUUGCCGCCGAGACCAAGGCAAAAGCGAUUAUCCACACGGGUGACUUUGGUUUCUUUACAAACGAAUCCUUGCCGCAGCUGAGCGAGCGGACACUGAAGCAUGUCGUGCAAUACUCACCGCUGCUCUCUCCAAAACUGCGCUCCGCACUGCUGGACAGUAGUGACCGCGGCGCCUCCAUGCACGGCUCUGGCGUUGGAGUGCUUCGUCAGGGCUUGCUGGAGCACCCCGAGGCGGCGCUUUCCGAGCUGCCGCAGCUGCUGGCGGGCAAUAUUGUCCUGCAAGUGCCCGUCUUCACUAUCUGGGGUGCGUGCGAGGAUGUUCACGUCGUGGAGCGUUUCCGUACGCGUGAAUACAAUGUGCCGAACUUGCACAUUCUUGACGAGGAAUCGACGCAGGCGCUGGAUGUCGGCGGCGUGCGCCUCCGCCUCUUGGGCCUCGGUGGCGCUGUAGUCAUGCACAAAUUGUUCGACAAUGGUACGGGAAACAGUACCAUUGCCGGCGCACACGGAUCCAUGUGGACGACUGUGUUGCAGAUUGGCGCGCUAAUCGAGACUGCACAGCACGUGUAUGACCCCAGCGAAGUGCGCCUCCUCAUUACCCACGGCUCGCCCGGCCGCGAAGGGCAGCUGGCGCAGCUGGCGCAUGCUCUCCGUGCAGAUUUCACUUUGAGUGCCGGGCUGCAUAUGCGCUAUGUAACGGUGUACAAUGACUUUGGUGUACACACAAGCCUGGAUGCCUACCGCGCCAAGCUCCUGCACGCCAAGUCGCAGUUCGAAGACGUAUGGAAAAGUGUCGAGGCGCAAGUCGAGGCGACCAUUGAUCCCAGCCAGCGGCGCCUGCUGAGCAAUGCACUUGGCGUAACCCUCCGCGUCCCGCAGCCGUUCCAGGCCGCUGCAGGACUGCAAGGCGCGCGCGACGAGAGCGCUUGGAAGCACAUGUGGCACUGGAACUUGCCCGAUGCGGGCCUCGGCUUGCUUGUGCUGGAUAUUGCGCAUGGGCGCGUCCACACCGAAACUCACAGCCAGGGCAUGAAUUUUUCGAACCGCCGCGAAAAGCCACUGCCUGGCCCGAAAGCCAAUGUAAUGCUGUCCAAGGAGCGUGCGCUUCCCGCCGUGCCCAAGGACCGUUUGCCCUCCAAAGAGCGCUUGGCCGAGCCGCGCUCCACUGUGGAUAACAUCCUGUUUUUGGGCCACAUGGGCGACGCUUUUCCCAUCGCGGAAGACGACGUGCGUGCAUUUUUUGUCGAGCAUGCCGCUGGAAUUACCCAGGUCGUUUUCUUCCCGCUUGACCGCACGCGCCGCUUGGACAAGGAGCGCAAAGAGGAGGUUGGGUACCGUACAUUUGUGCAUGUCGUCUUCAAGGAUGCGUUGGCUGCACAAGCGGCUUUGGCGUGCCGCGGACGGACAAUCAAAAAGACCGACGUCGUGCCUACAUUGGAGCCACUCGCGCGGAAAAAUGGUGUCUCGGACCGCAAGGACCGCAAGGAGCGCGUGCCGAAGGAGAAGCGGGUGCUGCCAGAGGUGACGGCACCUGAGGAAAUUUUUGCGCGCAGUGGACGCACUCGUGGGGGGCGCAGUAUACGCGGUGGGCGCAACAAGGACCGUGCGGCCAAGGAGGGAGCGGUAGCGACCAAGCCUGUUGCCCAAAAUGGUUUGUCGGAGGCGGAAGGAAAGGCAGGAGGAAAGACCGAAGGGAAGACGGACGUUAAAAGCCAGGACGCGUUGUCGGUAGCCGACGGUUCUGAAGCCAAGACGGAGGCCAAGACGGAGGCCAAGACGGAAGCCAAGACGGAGGCCAAGACGGAGGCCAAAAGCACGGAAACCAACGCGCCUGAGACCCACGCCCCGCCGGCCCAAAGCCCGCGAGCUCAAAGCCCGCGAGCCCAAGCCCCUGAGACCAAGGCACCAAUAGAAGCGGCUGGCAAUACCAGUGCCUAA